UCUGUCAAGGAUCUAGUUGUAGCAGCUUUAUUUCAGUGUCUUGGUUCUCUUCUGCCCAGGACUCAGCUCCUAUCUGCCUCCGCAAUUCUCUUGUUCCAUCCUAGCCACGUCUCCACAUACUUUCUUCGAGAACCCGCCGUUCCCUAUCCUUUAUCGUGGUUUCCGUCUCCUCCAGCAGCUUCCUUCAAACCUUUUUCUGCUUCUAGCCUAUCCUUAUCCGUCCCUGCAACCAUGAGCCACUACGACAACAGAUACGGGGAUUCAUCCUCAUACAGAGACCGAAAGAGCGACUUCGGCGGGGGAUAUGGCGGCGGCUCUUCCAGCUACCGCUCCGGCGGAGGCGGAGGCGGGUACGGCGGAGGUGGCGGUUACGGCGGAGGCGGAGGCGGCGGGUUCCGCGGCGGCGGGAACAAGCGCGACCUCGAUGCAAUCACACUCGCUCCACAAUCCUUCGACAACCUCGCGCAUUUCGAGAAGAACUUCUACGUCGAGCACCCGGCAGUGACCGCCAUGUCGGAGGGCGAGGUGGACGAGUACCGUCGCCGGCGGCAGAUCUCCGUGGAGGGCCGCGGGGUCCCGAAGCCGUGCCGCACGUUUGAAGAGGCUUCGUUUCCCGAUUACGUGCUUGUGGAGGUCCAGCGCGCGGGGUUCAGCGAGCCCACACCGAUCCAGGCGCAGGGGUGGCCCAUGGCGCUCAAGGGGCGGGAUUUGAUCGGGUUGGCGGAGACGGGGUCUGGAAAGACCUUGGCUUACCUUCUUCCUGCUAUCGUUCACGUUAAUGCUCAGCCUUACCUGGCACCCGGGGACGGCCCGAUCGUGCUGGUGAUCGCGCCGACGCGAGAGCUGGCGGUGCAGAUCCAGGAGGAGUGCACCAAGUUCGGAGCGUCCUCUAAGAUCAAGAGCACCUGCGUCUAUGGCGGCGCGCCCAAAGGCCCGCAAAUACGCGACUUGAAUCAAGGCGUGGAGAUCGUGAUCGCGACGCCCGGGCGAUUGAUCGACAUGCUAGAGUCGCGGAUUACCAACCUUCGCCGCGUUACGUACCUCGUGCUGGACGAGGCGGAUCGCAUGCUCGACAUGGGCUUCGAACCCCAGAUCAGAAAGAUUGUUUCUCAGAUUCGCCCCGAUCGCCAGACGCUCUACUGGAGUGCCACGUGGCCCAGAGAGGUGGAAACGCUUGCCAGACAAUUCCUUGUUGACGCGUACAAGGUUGUGAUUGGCUCUACGGACCUGAAGGCGAACCACUCCAUUACGCAGGUGGUGGAGAUUAUGAGCGAUCACGAGAAGUACCCUCGAUUACUCAAGCUCCUAGAGCAAGUGAUGGACGGCAGCAAGAUCCUGGUCUUUAUGGACACCAAGCGCACGUGCGACCAGGUGACGCGGCAGCUGCGCAUGGACGGGUGGCCCGCGCUGUCGAUCCACGGCGACAAGAGCCAGGCGGAGCGCGACUGGGUGCUGUCGGAGUUCAAAACGGGCAAGAACCCCAUCAUGAUCGCCACCGACGUCGCUGCCCGCGGGCUAGCCCUGGGCCUGGUCGAUGCCCGCUGCCUGUCCACCGCCUCUCGUCUCCCGCCUCUUCACAAUGCUCCAGCCACUUCCGCCAUUUCCGCCAUUUGAGCCACGUCAGCUGCACUCAGCAGCAGCUCUGCCUGCUGGCCAUGUGCCAGCUAGCUGCCUUUUGAUGGCUCUGGUGCUGCUGGUGCAUGAUGAUGGCACAUGGCACAUGGUGCAUGGCAGCAUGGGUGGCACACCCUAUGGCCGAGAGAGUACAACUGUGCUGUCUCACUCUCCCAGCUCCAUGGUGCGCUGCAGUGCUCUGCGGUGCAGUGCGGUGCUCUGCGGUGCAUUGAGGUGCACUGUGGCAUCGUGUGUGCCCCAGUGCCCUGCGAUGCAGUGCCCUGCAGUGUGCUGUGGUGUGCCAUGCCGUGCCAUGCGGUGCCAUGUGGUGCCAUGCGGUGCCAUGCGGUGCCAUGUGGUGCCAUGCGGUGCCAUGUGGUGCCAUGUGGCGCUAUGUGGUGCCAUGUGGUGCCAUGUGGUGCCAUGUGGUGCCAUGUGGUGGCGUGUGCUGCCAUGAAGUGCCAUGUGCUGCCAUGCAGGGCCAUGUGCUGCCAUGCAGGGCCAUGUGCUGCCAUGCAGGGCCAUGUGCUGCCAUGCAGUGCCAUGUGCUGUCAGUGCUUAAAGCUGGGCGUGGUUGGAAGGAAGUGUGCUAGUGGUGUUGUUGUGGAGGCUGGGAGGGAGGGAGGCAAGACAGCAGCGGCAUCACCUUGGGCUAAGGGCUUGCCGCAUGACACAAGCGCAUGAGGCUCGCGCGUCACGCAAGUUUUAAGAUGUAAAGGAUAUAAAGUGCGUAAUUAACUACGACUUCCCCAGCACCUGUGAGGACUACGUGCACCGCAUCGGGCGCACGGGGCGGGCGGGCGCCAAGGGCUUCUCCUUCUCCUUCUUCACCGCUGCCAACGCCAGGCUGGCGAAAGACCUCAUCAAGAUCCUCACUGAGGCCAAUCAAGUCGUGCCACCUGCCCUUGCUGCGCUGGGGAUGAGCGCUAGGGGCAUGGGCGGCGGUGGAGGGUUCAGGGACAGGGGCCAUGGCGGGCCGAGGGGAGCCAUGCAGUCAGGCUCCAACGUCAUUCCCCUGGGAACAAUGCGCUCCUGGGGACCGCGGUAGUGCACUAGUAGUUGCAGUGGUGGUGAGCGUACAGGUACAGGGCUGCUGGAGGGGUGACAGGAGCCAUGCAGUCAGGCUCUAACGUCAUUUCCCAGGGAACAAUACGCUCCUGGGGAGCACGGCAGCGUGGUUUUAGUGGUGGUGGUGGCACAUGUCUAACUGCUGAUUAUGUACUGGUAUGGUGGUUUUGUUUACUGAGUGAGAUGCGUUGUGGUGUGAUGGAUAGAUGAGGUUGUGGGAUUAUUAUUGGACGCUUUGUCUGUACACUUAUAUUACAUUUUUUCACCAACAU